AUGGCAGGUCUUGCUUGUUGCUCUAAUCCACCAAUUCUGGACCCUUUUAGUGGAGUUGGCCAUGUUGAAAAACUUGGUGGCCAUAAUGUUUAUCUUACCGGCUCUCCUCUUUCCAUCAUCGCCAUUCUCUUCGUCUCCGAUAUUUAUGGAUAUGAAGCCCCAAUUACAAGGAAUCUUGCUGACAGGGUUGCAGCAUCUGGGUAUUAUGUGGUGCUUCCUGACUACUUCAAUGGCGAUCCAUUUGAUCCUGAGAAUCUUGACAGACCUUUACCUAUUUGGAUGAAAGAACACCGACCGGACAAAGGUUUUAAAGCGUCACAACCGAUAAUUGAAGCCUUGAAGAGUAAAGGAGUUUCUACUAUUGGAGCUGCUGGUUUUUGUUGGGGGUGUCACGAUAUCGAGAAUUGGUUCGCGCGUACCAAUUUCGCGAAUACAGCUAAGACUGUGUGCGAGCUUGCGAAAUCCAACCUCAGUCAAGUUGUGGUGUUAGCACAUCCAUCAUCUAUCACAGUAGACGACAUCGAUGGUGUUAAUGUUCCAAUUGCUAUACUUGGAGCUGGGCUUGACACAAUCACUCCUCCAGAGGUUAUAAAACAAUUUGAACAAGUCUUGGCUGCUAAGUCUGGUGUGGAUAGUUUUGUGAAAAUAUUUCCUAAUGUUUCACAUGGUUGGACUUUGAGGUAUAACACUGAAGAUCCAGAAGCUGUGAAGGCUGCCGAAGAGGCUCAUCAAAUCUUAUUGGAUUGGUUUAAUAAACAUCUUAGAUGA